AUGUUCAAUAUGCUCAAAGUAUCACAACUCCUCCUCAUCCCUGCUGCUUUCGUAGCAGCAGUCCCAACAUCUCCCACAACACCCCUCAAACUCGAAAAGCGAUCCACAUGUGGCGUGGAAGCUACCGUGACAUAUUACAAAAGCGACAGCUGUGGGAGCAACAAUGCGAUAGCAAAUAUCAACUGGAAAAACAACUGGAGUUCCUACAACUACCAGCUGUCUAACGCCAGAAGCUUCGCUAUCACGAACGGCGACUACUGGGACAUCUACUGCGGUCUCUACGAUGGUUAUAAUGGGCAGGGCAAUCGCAUUGCAACGCUUGAAUGGAAUACCGGAUAUAAUUGCAAGUCUUUGGGAGUGGCUGGGGCGAAUGUGAAAUCUAUUGUUUGCUGGGGGAAUAAUUGCUAG